AUGUUGUUUUCGAGUUCUUCCAGGUUCUCUAGGGCAUUGCCGGCUCUGUGGUUAUGCCUUGCAGCGCUCAAUGCCUGCGGCGCCGUGGCCUUGGCAUACCCAUACACGGUGUAUCGUGGUACUUUCAUUCAUCUUCCCCGCCUCGAAUCGAGCUCGGGAACGCCUGAGCUCGUUCGGAAUCAAGGUGUGAUGUGGGUCUCGUCCUCCGAUGGCAGGAUCAAAGGAUCGAACUGGCAGGUCACCGAUGAUGCUAGCUUCCAAUCCUUCUUGUCUAGCCACGGUUGGUCUGAUGCCAAUUCCAAGACUGGCAAAGGUACCAAAGUCCAGGUUAUGCAGUCUGAUGAUGAGCGAAACGAAUUCUUCUUCCCUGGAUUUAUCGAUUCCCAUAUCCAUGCGCCCCAAUUCCCCAACAUUGGUCUAUUUGGGUCAUCUGGCCUCUUGGACUGGCUAAAUGAGUAUACAUUUCCCAUGGAGGCUAGCUUUGGAUCCCCGUCCGAUCCAAAGAAUCAACAGACCGACCCUAAAAAGACCACUCCCGAGGGUCUCCGUGUUUAUGAUGAAGUCGUGGCUCGCACUCUUGCUCACGGAACUACCACCGCUUCUUACUUCGCCACAAUCCAUGUACCGGCCACUAAUGCCCUUGCCAAGCUCUGCCAGAUUCACGGCCAGCGUGCUUUCAUUGGUCGUGUCUGCAUGGAUAACCAUGAUCAAUGCCCAUCUUACUACGUAGAUCAAUCCGCCGAACAGGGAUUCAACGCAACAAUCAGAACUAUCGACUACAUUCAGAAGCUAGAUCCCAAAGGAAAGCUGAUCAACCCUAUUGUCACCCCUCGAUUCGCGCCAAGCUGCUCGAAUGCGUCCCUCGAUGGUCUUGGCAAGCUCGCUGCAUCCUACGACCCACCCCUGUACAUCCAGACACACAUCUCCGAGAGCAUUGAUGAGGUCGCCCUCGUUCAACAGCUGUUCCCCGAAUCCUCCAGCUACGCUGAUGUCUACGACAAAGCUGGACUUUUGACCAACCGCACCAUCCUUGCCCACGGUGUUCAUCUUACCAAAGACGAACGCACUAUCAUCCGCGAGCGUGGCUCAAAGGUUGCGCACUGCCCAGCAUCUAACUCCGCCCUCGGCUCGGGACUGGCUCCCGUUCGCAUCUUGCUUGAUGAUGGUCUCGAUGUUGGCCUGGGCACAGAUGUUAGCGGCGGAUAUAGCCCCAGCAUUCUCGAAGUGUGCCGACAGGCCUGCUUAGUGUCCAGACUCCUUCAGUUUAGCUCCGAGUAUCAGGAUAUGACUGGCAACAAGUCAACCAACGGAACUGAGAAACUUUCCGUCGAGGACAGCUUGUACCUAGCUACCCGGGGUGGUGCAUCGGUCGUCGAUAUGCCCAAUGAUAUUGGCGGUUUUGACCAGGGAAUGAUCUGGGAUGCGCAGCUGAUUGAGCUUGGUACCGUGCAGAAUAGCACCACAAGCCCCCUUGACGCCACUCCAGUUAAGUCUAUCUCUCGCCGAGGCUAUGUUGAUGGGCCCGGUCCCAUUGGAAACGUUGAUCUGUUUGGAAAUGAGACCUGGCAGGAACAGGUCCAGAAGUGGAUGUGGAGCGGUGAUGAUCGCAAUGUAAAGUUUGUGUGGGUUAAUGGAGUCCUGGUUCAUACUAGAGAAUAG